UUUUUCCUGCUCAAUAACCAAAACAUUCAACAAACUGUUUCACGUAUUUACGAAUCCCUAAAUAAUUUGUGUUGUAGCUACCGACAGUUGUGCUCAUUAGAGCGUUACUCCGCGUUACUCUAUAAGCACAACGUGAGGUUUGUGAGUCUAAUAUCAGUUGUGCUUGGCUUAAACCGUGUUCUUUUCUUACUCAACAUUGAAAUGGAAAGUUUAUUGCCUUUGAAAUUUUUUUUUUCGUGCUCGCCGCAAUUGGCCACCAAGAUUGUUGGCUCCAUAUACUUGCUAAUUGGAUUUGCAGGAAUUAUAUUAUCCAUCAUGGCAUAUUCAAAUGACAACUCCUUCGAUAAUGAGCCUAUUACUAAUGACACGGAUGAUACUCAAGAUAGUGAAUUAGAAACCGGCGCUGUAUGGCUGCAGCUGCAGAGCUUCCAGUUCGUUGUUUCGAUCGUAACUUUUCUGUUCGCCAUUUGUGUUCUGAUCGCCGCCUGGAUGAAUAGUAGGCGCCGGCUAUUUUUAUUACCUUGGCUGAUUUUUCAACCCUUAUUCACGAUGAUUGGAUUUAUCUCUACGGGAUACUAUGCCUUUUGGUAUUGGUGGGAUCGAGACAUUACUAUGGGAAUAGUUUACUCUGCAGCAUGUUUUUUUAUUGCAGUUAUAGGCGCCAUCUGUUGGAAAGUGAUCAAAAACUACUAUAAGGAAUUGAGAGAACCUGACAAGAAUAAUAAGGACAGUUCUUCUGAAGAGAAAAAACUCAUCAUUCCUCAGACCGAUGUUAGAAAACCUAAUAACGGUGGGAACGUAAGGGUGAAAAUCGACAAUUUGGAGUUUAAAUAGAGCGCCAUCGCGAUUCUCUAUUCCAUCAUCAUAUGGUGUAGCAGUGACGAAAGUUUUCUCAUUAUUUAAAAAAAAAGUAAACGAAAAGUAAACAUGAAAUGCUGUAUCGUUUGCUUUUAAUGUACAGAGCGAAGAGCCAGUCUGUUUAUAAAAAAAAUAACAAAACUAUUAUUGAUAUGCCAUCUUCUGCAACGAAAUGGAUUUUGCUAAUAAGUUGAAUAAAUAUGGAAU